AUGUAUUCCAAUGCCUCUGGUACUUUGUACCCUCAACAUGGCGAACCUCUCGCUGGACAAGUAACGCAGAAUUCGACUCUAAGUAAUGGUUACUAUCCAUGUGAACAGCCGGCGUCAAAUCAAAAGUUUGUUUCCUCACAACAACUGCAACAGCAUCAUCAGCAGUAUCAGCAUUACCCGAUACCUCCAUCAAUGGUGGCUCAAAAUCACUUGAUUUCAUCGUGUUUUGUUCCCCAUCCCCAACAUCAAAUUUUGCCAAAUAAUAGCUGUCAGGGUCAACAUCCAUCUCCAUCGAAUAUACCUUAUACGAUGUCGAAUAAUCAAAUAUAUGGUCAAUCGUUGCAACUUAUAAAUAAUCAACAAUCUGGGUCGAGUCAAAAUCCACAGGAAGUAUCACAGCAGUGGAGCUUGCCUGGUGAUUCUUUAGCCUGUCUUCAAGCGACAACCUCGCCUUUAAUGAAUAUGGAUUAUGAUGACGGCUUCAUCGAAGUCAAUCAUAAAAAAAAGAAAACAAAGAUUGUACACAAUGAGAAUCAUCAAAAUCAAAAUCAAAAUCAUAUUGUUAAAUUCUCGACGAUAAUUCUGGCAAUGAUAACACAUGAAGAAAAUUCAGAACUGCCGGACGGACUGGAAGACGGCUCGGAGGACUCUGAAACCGGUAAAACGGAUGAAGAUGAUUGGCAAGAAGAAACCGAUGUCAGUCCGGUGGAAAGCGAAAGUGAUCAAGAACCGCCAAGACGUCUUUCGAAGCUCGAUCAACGAUCAGAGUCGGAAGUAUUUUUGUCAAAAUCUGGUCGACGGUGGAGUACAUCCGAACCUCCGAAACGAAAAAUACCACAAGCAAAUAUUCUGCGACAGUUACAUGGUGUUGGACCCUCAGCAGCAAGGAUGCAAACAGUGAAAGAUGCUUUUCAACUCUUAUUUACAGAAGAAAUGAUACUUAUCAUCGUCGCAGAAACUAAUAGAAGCGCAAGGAAGGCUGCUGAAGCAUGGAAUGAACAGAAUCCUGACAAGAAAUGGCAAUGGAAGGAUACUGAUAGUGAGGAAAUUUGGGUAUUUAUUGGAUUAUUGAUUCUUGCGGGCGUUCAAAGAUCUCAAAACGAGAAUCUCAACGAAUUAUGGUCCAUGAAUAGUGGCCGAUCAAUAUUUCGAGCGACAAUGUCAAAGAAUCGCAUGGAUAGUCUACUAAAAUUCUGCCGAUUCGACGAUGCAACUAUACGAAAUACACGAAUGGAAGUAGACAAGCUGGCUCUAAUUAGUGAAUUUUGGGCAAUGUUUUCAGCACGACUACAGAUAUGCUACAUUCCAGGUGGUUCAAUGACAGUCGAUGAAUAA